UGCGCACGCGCAGCUCGGGAUGCGACUCUGGGCUGUACUCUACACUUAGCUUUGACAGAGACUCCCGGGGGGCGGACCCUAGGUGUCGCGCGCAUGCCUGGCAGGGCUGGGCCGCUCUUCUCCGGUGGCUGCGGUUCGGACGCCUCAGCUGGGCCUAAGAUGGACCUCCCGGCGGUGCUCGCCGCCCCGGCCGCGCGCGGAGACCAACAUGGCGGUGGCCCAAGCCGACUUCGCCGCGGCUCGGGGCAGUCCCUCGGUGCUGGUCCGGGGCGCCGCCGCCUCCUGCUGCUGAGGGGCCCGGAAGAUGGCGGGCCCGGGCCGCGUCAAGAGGAGGCCCCGGGGCCCAGCCCGCCGCCCCCGGAGGACGGCGGCGACUCCUUCGUGGUACUGCUGGAAGUGCCGCGCGCAGCCGACACCCCCGGGCAGGAGGUGGCCGAGCCCGACUCCGGCGCGAGCCCCACGGAACAGGUCCCGGCCGCCGCCCCCGGCGCCGCUCUGGCAGGCACCGUCACCAUCCACAACCAGGACCUCCUGGUGCGCUUCGACCGCGGCGUCUUCACGCUGGCCACCGCGCCCGCGCCUGCCGCCCCGGGCCUGCAUCCCGCGACCACCCCGGGCCUGGAGCCCUCGAGCGCUGCUGCGUCCCGCCGCGGGCCGGUGGCCGCCAGCGCUGCCUCUCCGGCCUACCGCUGUCCGGAGCCGCAGUGCGCGCUGAGCUUCGCCAAGAAGCACCAGUUGAAGGUGCACCUGCUGACGCACGGCAGCCUCCAGGGCCGGCGGCCCUUCAAGUGCCCGCUGGAAGGCUGCGGCUGGGCCUUCACCACCUCCUACAAGCUCAAACGGCACCUGCAGUCGCAUGACAAGCUGCGCCCCUUUAGCUGCCCGGUGGGCGGCUGUGGCAAGAAGUUCACCACAGUCUACAACCUCAAGGCACACAUGAAGGGCCACGAGCAGGAAAGCUUGUUCAAGUGCGAGGUGUGCGCCGAGCGCUUCCCCACACACGCCAAGCUCAACUCCCACCAGCGCAGCCACUUCGAGCCCGAGCGGCCCUACAAGUGUGAUUUCCCCGGCUGUGAAAAAACGUUCAUCACAGUGAGUGCCCUGUUUUCCCAUAAUCGAGCCCACUUCAGGGAACAAGAGCUCUUUUCCUGCUCCUUUCCUGGGUGCAAUAAACAAUAUGACAAAGCCUGCCGACUGAAAAUUCACCUGCGAAGUCAUACAGGUGAAAGACCAUUUAUUUGCGACUCAGACAGUUGUGGCUGGACCUUCACCAGUAUGUCCAAACUUCUAAGACACAAAAGGAAACAUGAUGAUGACCGGAGGUUCACUUGCCCUGUUGAAGGCUGUGGCAAGUCAUUCACUAGAGCAGAGCAUCUGAAGGGCCACAGUAUCACCCACCUGGGAACAAAGCCAUUUGAGUGUCCUGUGGAAGGAUGCUGUGCCAGGUUCUCAGCUCGCAGCAGUCUGUACAUUCAUUCUAAGAAACAUCUGCAGGACGUGGGUACUCCGAAAAGCCGCUGCCCAGUGUCCAGCUGCAACCGACUCUUCACCUCCAAGCAUAGCAUGAAAGCACACAUGGUGCGGCAGCACAGUCGGCACCAAGAUCUUGUACCUCAGCUGGAAGCUCCAAGUUCUCUCACACCCAGCAGUGAACUGAGUAGCCCAGGCCAAAGUGAGCUCACCAACAUAGAUUUAGCAGCACUUUUCUCUGACACACCUGCUAAUAGCAGCAAUUCAACAGCUGGGUCGGAUGAAACACUGAACUCUGGGAUCCUCACCAUUGAUGUCACUUCUGUGAGCUCUUCUCUGGGAGGGAAUCUCCCUACUAAUAAUAAUUCCUUAGGGCCAAUGGAUCCCCUCGUUUUAGUGGCCCACAGUGAUAUGCCUCCGAGUUUGGACAGUCCUCUUGUUCUUGGGACAUCAGCCACAGUUCUCCAACCAGGCAGCUUCAGUGCAGAUGAUUCACAGGCCAUGAGCACAGGAGCAGUAGGCUGCCUGGUGGCUUUACCUGUGAGGAACUUGAGUCAAGACUCUUCAGCUUUGACCCCCAGCAAUAACUUGACAGUACCUGGUACCACACCAACCUCUUCAGACACCACCCAAGAAACUGGCAAUGUUCCAGAUCUGCUGGUUCCAAUAAAGGUGGAACAAGACUUGUCUCCUGUCCCAGAUGUGGUCCAGGGGCAGGAAGAAAGCCAUGGGCCAUCCCAAUCUGUGCUGUCCAGCUCUACAGAGAAGCCAGGGGCUCAAAAGGACUCAGAGCUCAGUGCUGGCACAGGCAGUCUCUACUUGGAAAGUGGGGGCUCAGCAAGAACUGAUUACCGAGCCAUUCAACUAGUCAAGAAAAAAAAGCAGAAAGGAACUGGGAGCGAUGAAGGAGCCUCUGACUCUGCUCACAGGAACAUAAAAGGUGGCAUGGUCAACUCUCCUCAUGUCCACUCAGGCCAGCACAGUUGUUUUUGUGGAACUCUCAUGGUCCCCAGUGGAGGUCUACCAGCGCCAGCCCCUGCAGCUGGGCUGCAGUGUGUCCAGAUCCCUGUUCUGCAGGAUGACUCCUCAGGUGAAGGAGGCUUACCGCUGGCCCUCAGCCCACAGCGCUCUGCCUUCCACCCCUACUUCACCGUGGAUCUGCCUGUCUACGUCCUCCAGGAGGUGCUUCCAGCACCUGGAGGUUUUGCUGGGCUAGAGACUGCACAGGUACCAGGAAGUACUAUCAACCUGCGGGAUCUUCAGUGACAGCAGUCUGAGCAAAUGAGGACUGCAUUCCAGGCUGUGCUUCAAGACCUCAGCUGGCUGCGGGGUGGGCAGAGAGACUCAUUUGACUUCCUCAGCACCCCAGCCUGGUUCUUUUGAGACUUUGGGAACACAUAUUGAAAGUACUUUGAUUCUGUUCCAGCAAGUGCCAGUUUGGGCUCUACUCUCUGAAACUGCCUCCACAAGUUGCCCUCUGUGAGAUAGGCACCCUGCCCAUGCCGUGUGUGUGUGUGUGUGUGUGUGUGUAUGCGUGUGUGUGUGUGUGUGUGUGCUCGCGUGUGCAUGCUCACGCACGCAUUCCAACCCUUUCCAGGUCCCCUUGGGCCUGACGUGGGUAGCACCUUUUACAUUAAAAGAUCCUUGCAGGAAGUGGGUAGAGCAUGGCUCCCUAUUCAGGUACAUCUCUAUUCUAAGUUGUAGUGUGUUAGGAUUUUAUCUGAUACAUCUAGAAAUUUGGUUCUUUUCUGAAGAGCUUGUAUGACAGCUUCUUACCUGUGGGGAUGGCUUUGAUGGGUGUGCUGGUUUCCCUACACUGUAUGCGGUAGUGAAGCCAAAGUCAAGCUAAGCUCUGGCAGGGCAGCUAGUCUGAAAGGUGAUUGGCUGGCCUGCCCCCUGCCAGUGACCUGCUAAUAGAACCUCUUCCUAGACUGACAGCGUGCUUGUAGUUUGGAAAUGAAGAGUUCAGGCUUUUAAAGUCAUCUUUCUAAAUUCUGUUUCUGGGAUUCAUGGUAAGUAGUAACUUGUCAUCAGUCUCUACAGUGAGGUUCUCAAUGCUGUAUGUUAUGUGUAGAGCUGGAACAGUAGGCUUACUGUAUGGUUGAGGUUGAAGAUAAGCCUAUUAUGUGGCCUUGUGUGUUUUCACAGUGACUCGGUCUUCCCGGAGGAGACAGUUGGUUGCCUUGCACAUAUUUGUCAGUCAGGACUGGAUACAGGGUCACUCAGAAAUGCUUUGGGCUUUUGGAAUGUGUGCUUAUUCAGAUACUGUUUUGGUUCUGUCCCAUCUGAGUUGCUUUGUUUCUUGGAUUUGGGGAGAGCCCUGAAAUUGGCAUGAGUUUUCUCUGGAUGCUACCUGGGUGCUGCUCCUACAAAGGGAUCACAAACCCUACUUGAGAAAACUCCUUUCCAGGUGUCUCUCCUGCAUCACAGCCAAAGCUUAGAGGUUGAACUUGCCUACCUGUAAUCAGCACCCCCAUACAUACUCCCCACACACACUCAGUAGGCAGCCUGGUACCACUGUCGCCUACCUCCAGAGCCCACCCCACAGAGUAGCUCCCACAGCCUCCAGCGUGUGUCUACAAGUGACAGGAUGGGCUGUUGUGCUCUGAGCACUGGAGCUUUCUGCUGCCAUUGGCCCAGUCCUUAGUGCAAAUGAAUAAAAGUGUUUGUAUGUUAUGUGCCAAA